CGAUGUUUACAGGGAGAGUUGGCAAUUGGUUGUCUGAUGAGACUGGUGUCGAUAGGCCUUCGUCUUUGGAUCAUCUUCUGAGGUCUAUACAAUGCUGCGAUCAUAUUCGAAUCCUCCCCAACUUUUACGAAUGGGUCGACAGUUUGGUAGAUGCCGAUGCCAACGUUGCUACCGCUGCUCUUCAGGAGCUAGCUGAGCUUCCUGUCGCGACCUUUUCGGAAAUUCUACGAUGGAUUGACCCUGUCGCAAACAAUAGCAAGUACGAUGUUGCUCACGGCCUCAAUAUCUCUCUCGGCCAUACCCAAUUCACCAAUCUUGGCAAACUUGUUGAUGACUUUGGCGUACGAAACCAUCAUCGCACCCUUCUCAAUGCCGCGACAAUCCUAUUCGAUGCCUGUCAGGAAACAGAGCGAAAUCUUCUCGUCACUGACUAUGAGGUCUUUAUCCGCUGCGCCGGUGCUGCUGCAGAUCCUGUGGCCGCGGCCGACUUCUUUGGUGCCAUCGCAAAGAGCGGCCUAGAGAGGAGACGCACUACGGCAACCUGGAACGAGUUUGUAAAGGCUCGCUUCAUGAUCGAUCCCCUAUACUACCAAUUCGAUCGCUCAAGAGUUGCUGUUCUCCCUCGUCGGAUGUUCAAAGAAAGAAAAAGACAUUUACUUCCCCCAGGUAGUCUCAAGCGGAUGGAGAGGCUAAGGUACAGCUUGAACGCUCAUCGUAGGCUACCUUUCAAUCGCCUCCGACAUCGAGUUUCCCAAGACACCCGAGCGUUGCAUGGUAAAAAGAAGAGCUUCCAUGGUUAUCGAAAUCACUGGUUGCGGUCAAAGGAGUACGGCACCCUCGUUGACGAGGAGCUCCUGUGCACAAGCAUGAUAGCGUUUGCGAGGGGCGGCAACAUGGCGAAUCUCAGGGGAGUUGUCACUCUGAGAGGCUUCCGUCUCAAAUUCACCGAGAAUGAAGGCAUCACGGUCGCAAGGGGAGGAAAGAAUUUCCGUGAAGGCAACCCACGAGAACCCACCGAGAGAAUACUCAGCGCCAUUGUCGAGUCGUUUGGUUGCAUGUCCCGCAUCACCACUGCAAAGGAGCUCCUCGUUCACUUCUCCAAGUGGCACAAUAUCAAGAUCCCUCACGAAACGUGGUCCAGUCUUCUCAACUGGGCAUAUGUCUGCGCCUCGAAGCCGUUCCAGAGUCAACGAAAACUGAUAGGUGAUUAUGCGGCCAACGUCGUCAAACCCUUUGACAUUCAAAGAAUCUGGGAAACCAUGACCUCUGCUCCAUACAACGUGGAACCUACCUUUGAAGACUACAGCGUCUACAUCAAGACGCUCAUCAUCCAGCGUAAAUUCCGACCCGCGCUUGAUCUCAUGCGAGGUUACGCUAUCCCUUACUAUCGUCACCUCGAGCAGCAGCACCAGGACAUUGUUUUCGAUGAAAUCCUCCAGGAAUUCUCACGGCCUAGUCACCAACGCAUUCAGAUGGAGGCUCAAAAGGAACACGUCUGGUACCACAUCGCCACUUGGCUCAACAAUCUCCUCAGCAGCGCUUCGGCGUGCAAGUGGCAGCGCAACGGGCAUUUCAUGCAAGUCGUCGUCCCAGAGAUCGUCCAAGAAUUCAGCGAAUUCUUUCACGAUCAGGUGCGAUACCGCACUGCGCAGGGCCACGUGUGUAUCAAGAGAGACAUGUCAGUCCCCCGGUUCAUCUGGUCCCGCCAGGCACGAAAGACGUUACCCCAAGAUAGGGGUGGUCCGGAGGUAAAAGCCAUGGCAAAAAAGCGCAAGAUCAACAUGGACAAACCGGGUUUCAAGUGGCCACGGGUCCCGACGAUGAAGGUGGUUGAGUGGAAGCGCACGCCGGUAGCAAGAGUCCGGGCCAUGGGACCGGCGCCUGAGUCAACCGAUGUGAAUGCCAGGGGGUGGUGGGAUAAGCUAGAAAGGGAGCUUAUGACGUAGGGAACUAGAUUUGUCCUUGAUACAGCAUCUAGAGACAGUCGUCAUUUGGUUACGCUUUGCAUCACACAAGACUUGUUCAUAGCCAGCCAGCGGUUCAGAUUUGUGUAGAUAUUGAUUCUUUACCAAACUCAGUACAAGACAAGAUUCGUCGAGUUUAAACACACAAGACCAACUUCCAAAUUCAUCAGGCUCAUAGCUGGUCCCCAUCAUAUCAAACACAAAUUCCAACCUCCAGAUUCAUCUCAUCUCGGGUAUCUAUCUCUCGCCAUGUUCAUACUUCAUACAUAGCCGCCAGCUAUCUCGCUGGCUAGAUCAUCUCGGUCGUGAUAUACCGUACAUGAAACAAAUCCUAUACAAAAACGCAUAAAAGACAAAAGGCCUUCCCAAUUUUCCUUCCCUGUUCCGUGUUCUGUAUUCCAUAUCCAGUGCCCCUUGAUACAUUUUCCCGCCGAUGAAAUACGUGACAGAUUGAUUCGUAAAAGAAGCCAAAACAAAGGGGAAAAGGGGUCUAAGCGAUGGUUGUUUACAACGGAGCCAGUCCGUCAUAGGAUAAUCAAGAUGCCGCUUCGGCGAGAACGCUCAAGAGACUCACCGCAGCGCCGCCGAUACCCACGGCGCCGAGGGCUUCUCCCCACUUCUUCCUCCCCUGGGGCCGCUCAUCUCUCCUCGAGCUCUUCCUGUCUCUCUCCCGAUGGUAUCUCCUCCCGUUGCUGUCAUAGUAGUCGCCGUGCCUAUCACUGCGAGAGUGUCGAUCUCCAGCAUCGGAGUGUCUCCUCGAGCGUCGUGAUGAUCGAGAUGGGCUGUGGCGUCGUCGCUCUCGGCGGUGGUCACGCUCGCGGUCUCGCUCAUCUCUGAGAGAACGCGGACUGCGACCGUCAACCUCAUGCGGCUCAGGAUCGAAGCGCACAUGGUUUUCGUUCUUGUUCUUGAGGAUUGGCUUGGGGAGGGUUGUGCUUGACGGAGACGUCUUGCUCCUGCUGGGAGGGUUCACGAUGAAGGGGUAACUCUUUGUACCCUUAUCAGACGCUCUAUCAUCAUCAUCGUCUGAAAUGUCGCUUUCAUCAAAGAUAUCGCUGUCGCUAUCGUCAUCUUCGCGGCUGCUCUUUGAGUCUCUGCGGUCCUGGUGGUGGUCGUGCCUGGGACGCCGGGGGUCGCGCAUAGCACGGCUGGCACGGCAUCGAGCGCUCUCUCGGGCGAGUUCAGCAAUCUUUUCGCGAGGGAGACGACCAAGGAUAGCAACGUAUUCGGGGCGAGCUUCAUAUCGCACACCAGCCCGUUCCAAGACUUCGGGGCUAAUAAGAGUCCUCCUAAUCCUGGUCCACUGGGCAUCAGGAGGGAUUUCGUUGCCCCAACGGUCAGGAGCCAGGCGAGGAGCACUGCUCCUUGGGCUGCUACCAUAGGUUGGGCCUCCAUUCAUGUGAGGUGGCAUAGGGGGGAUAGAUCGUGGAGAUGUCCCAUAGUGGUAUGAAGUAGGCGAGCCAGACAGCUCGGGAACAUCUGGCAGAGAGCCAGCGCUGUUGGAUGGCAGGUAUCUCUGCCCCUGUCCAGGAGACAGGCUGUACUGCUGGCCAGGCUGAACGUUCAGACUGGCCAUACGAGAAUUGAGGCUAUCCAUGCUGAUGAUAUCCUG